AGGCCAGAUAAUUAAACGCUUUUGGCUCUUUGCACGCAACCUGUCAUCUAGCGCCUACACGUGGCGAAUGUUUUUACUGCUUAUUUGGCUUCAUCAUUGAAGACGCGCGGCUGUUUGUUUUUCGAAGAUUCAUCAUGGCAAUGCAUGCAAAAGCGACACCACCACAGAUUCCCGACACACGUCGGGAACUCUCGGAGCUGGUCAAGAGGAAACAAGAACUUGCGGAGACGUUGGUGAACUUGGAGCGACAGAUCUAUGCAUUUGAGGGCAGCUACUUGGAAGAUACCCAGAUGUAUGGGAACAUCAUCAGAGGAUGGGACAGAUAUCUCACCAACCAAAAAAAUUCCAACAGCAAGACGGACAGAAGAAACCGAAAGUUCAAGGAGGCAGAGCGUCUGUUCAGCAAGUCCUCCGUCACUUCUGUAGCAGCUGUCUGUGCACUCGGUGGGAUACCAGAUCACAUGAAUGAAAAGCAGAGCGACACGUCCCCAGACCUCCAGAACCAGGAGAAUGAGCCCAGUCAGGAGGACACAGAGGAUGCAGAUGGGGCCCUGCAGGACCUCAAACCUCAGAAGGCUGCAUCCUCUUCCUCAGGCAGUCACCAUGGAAGCCACAAGAAGAGGAAGAACAAAAACAGACACAGGUCAAGUUCCCCUAAUCCAGUUAUGAAAAAAGCUGCUCUUCCUGCCAAAAUGAGAUGGGGAGGUCAAAGAUUUGACAUGAAAGUGAACAAAAAACCCAGAGUGGAUUAUUCGACUUGAUCAAGUGGCCAGACAAAGGUCUACGGUGAAGCAGAGAGCCCCUCUGAACUUUAACUGUCUUUAUUGUGUACAUUGCAUGAAACAUUGCCUCUCACUUGCUAUCAGAAAUAUUUCUGUUUCACGAUUUUCCUGCAGACAAGGUGUGUUAUUGCAUGUUACUCAAGAUGCAGGUGGGGGUUGGAUAACACCGUAUUGUAUAGGGUUGAAAAUGCACUAUUUAUUAUGUAGCUCCCACCAUUUUUCUCUCUUUGUAACAAAAAGUUGUUUUACUUUGUAUUAGUCAUUGUGUAGUUUUGUAGCUCUAGAAUAUCCCAGCUUCUUUUUAAUAUUUUAUUUUAUUUUGAGAUUUGUUUUGCAUAAGAUUGUAAUAAAACCUUGAAAUUACAA